UGGCUACCGCUGCUGUUGCGAGUUUAUAUAUUUGUGAUAGCAACCCAAAGUCAGAUCACAGCCGGGAUCCUGGGAAGCUCUUGCAAAGUCGACGAGAUCAGGACAGGCGAUCCUGCCCCGGCCAGGUGAAGCUCUCUGGAGACCAUGACCAAGAAAAGGGUCGCCGUGAUAGGCAGCGGAGCGAGCGGGCUCUCGUCCAUCAAGUGCUGUCUGGAGGAGGGCUUGGAGCCGGUGUGCUUUGAAAGGAGCUCUGACAUCGGAGGGCUCUGGAGGUACCAGGAAAAUCCCGAAGAAGGAAGGGCCAGUAUCUACAAGUCAGUGAUCAUCAAUACUUCUAAGGAGAUGAUGUGCUUCAGUGACUAUCCGAUCCCAGAUCAUUACCCUAAUUUCAUGCACAACUCACAUGUCCUAGAAUAUUUCAGGAUGUAUGCCAAAGAAUUUGGCCUUCUAAAGUAUAUUCAGUUCAAGACCUCUGUGCUCAGUGUGAAGAAGCAGCCUGAUUUCUCUACAUCGGGUCAAUGGGAGGUGGUCACUGAGCACGAAGGGAAAACGAAGAAGGACGUCUUUGACGCAGUCAUGGUUUGCACCGGCCAUCACACCAAUGCUCACCUACCCCUGGAAAGCUUUCCUGGAAUUGAAAAAUUCAAAGGACAGUACUUCCACAGUCGAGACUAUAAGAGCCCACAGGGAUUCACUGGAAAGAGGGUUGUUAUCAUUGGCAUUGGGAAUUCUGGAGGGGAUCUGGCUGUAGAGAUUAGCCACACAGCCAAGCAGGUUUUCCUCAGUACCAGGAGAGGGGCAUGGAUCCUGAAUCGUGUAGGAAGCCAUGGAUAUCCCAUCGAUGUGUUGAUCUCUUCUCGGCUUUCACAUUUUUUGUUCAAAAUGUGUGGUGAAGCAUUAGCAAAUACACUUUUGGAAAAACGACUGACUGAAAGAUUUGACCAUGAGCUGUUUGGCUUGAAACCUAAACACAGAGCAUUGAGCCAGCACCCAACGGUAAAUGAUGACCUGCCAAAUCGCAUAAUAGCUGGCAUGGUGAAGGUGAAAGGAAAUGUGAAGGAAUUCACAGAGACAGCUGCCAUAUUUGAGGAUGGCUCCAGGGAAGAUGACAUCGAUGCUGUUAUCUUUGCCACAGGCUAUAGUUUUGCCUUUCCUUUUCUGGAAGAUUCUGUCAACGUGGUGAAAAACAAGGUGUCACUGUAUAAAAAGGUCUUCCCCCCUAACCUGGAAAGGCCAACUCUUGCAAUCAUAGGCUUGAUACAGCCCCUUGGAGCCAUUAUGCCCAUUGCAGAGCUCCAAGGACGCUGGGCUACUCAAGUAUUUAAAGGGCUGAAGACAUUGCCCUCACAAAGUGAAAUGAUGGCAGAAAUAACUAAGAUUCGGGAGGAAAUGGCAAAAAGGUAUGUGGACAGCCAACGCCAUACCAUUCAGGGAGACUAUGUAGAAACAAUGGAAGAGCUUGCUGAUUUGGUGGGAGUCAGGCCCAAGCUGCUCCCUCUGACCUUCACUGAUCCCAAGCUGGCCUUACACUUAUUCACUGGUCCCUGUACUCCAGUCCACUACCGUCUUCAGGGCCCUGGAAAGUGGGAAGGGGCUCGAAAAACUAUCUUAACCACAGAAGAUCGUAUCAGGAAGCCUCUGCAGACAAGAGUAACUGAAAAGAGCAAGUCCAUGAUUUCAGCAGUGACAAUGGGCCGGUUUGUGCUAGCUGUCGUUUUCUUUGCUAUAAUUAUGGCUUCUAUUUAGAUGUUCCAUUGUCAGUGCCCUAGAUUUCACUGGGAAGCUUGUUCUAGAGAUGCCUUUAGAACCAACCAACUCUAAGCUUCAUAUUGCCUAGAAAUCUUUCAUUUCUCUUUCAAAAGCAUUAAUCUUUUCCCUACAGUAAAAUCUAGGUUUAUUUGAAUGGACUUAAUUUCCAUUCCUCUCUUGAUCUUUUUUUUUUUCAUUCUAGUAAUAUCUAGACUAUGUGCUCAGAUAUUUUUAGUCAUCUCCUUAUUAAAUAUGAUAGUGACCCUAAGUCAGCGUCUAUAAGAAAUUAUUGUGUAACUCUUGUUCUCAUAGAGUUUGGUUUCCUAUUAGAAGCUCAAUUUUUUACUAAUACUGUAACUAAAUGUACAUUUUCUGAAUUAUGAGAUACAGUAUUAGUCUUACUAUGGUUGUAUAGAUAAGACAUAUAAAUAUACCUCAGAGAUUUUACUUGCUAUUCAUUAAUAUACCUGAUAAUUGGUCAGUUUUCUUCCUUUCCUUAAGGAAUCUAUCUUUAUUUUCUUAAUAAAGUAAGUACUUUCCACUUCUGACUGAUAGAUCAUUUGAAUAAUUUAGCACUACCAAUAAAUUCUACUUGGUUGAGAUAUAUAAAAAUUUUAAAUUAGCUAUUUUUUAAAAAUCUUAGUUUCCAUAUUAGGAUCCAACAAGACUUUAGUUUAUAAAAUAAGUGGCUGCUGGGCUGGGAUUUAGCUCAGUGGCACCAUGCCUGCUUUGAAAGUGCAAGGUCCAGAGUUCAAUCCCCACUACCCCCACCAAAAGAAAUUGGCUGCUAACUGUUGGUGGUGUAAGCUAAAAAUGUGACUUGUUUCCCCUAACUCUCCUCUUCCUAUAAAUAGAAUCUAAGUUUUUUAAAAAAGUCACUUAUGUCUUAAAUUAGGAGUGAUAUUAACUAAAUAUAAGGGUAUUUUGCUUAUACAGAGAAGUUCAGAGCAAAUGAAAUAAAAAGCAGGGACUUAGGUUUUCAUCCCAAUAUUGCUGCCUGUGUAUCCUCAUCUGUGAAGUUUCGCUCUCUUCUGGGUUCAUGGAGAAGUGACGUAAAUGUCAGUGUUCAGGCACCCUGAGUCCCAGGAAGAUAGGUACUGGAAGUACCAGUCAGGCGUAUGUUCAUAAAUAGCUGUUGUGUAAUAUGUUUGUAAGUUUUUUUAUUGCUGCCAAUUACUUCACCAUCAAAAUAAAUUUGAACAACUGAAAGAACAUUAGACUAAUAUAUACUUAAGAUAACUACAAAUAUGAGAACUAAAGCUUCUUCCUAAUCAUAUAAAUGUUUGGACAACUGCCACCAUUUCACCCAAUUUACUCUUUGAGAAGAGGAGAAUUAAGGAUUGGUAUUACUUUCCUAAUCUUUGUAAAUCUGAGUUGGGCAUCUAUUAAAAGGGCUCUAGUGGACCAGAGAUUUAGCUCAGUGGCACCGUGCCUGCCUCACAAGCACAACAAGGUCCCAAGUUAAAUCCCCAGUACCCAGAAAAUAAAUAAAAAUAAAAGGGCUCUAGUAUUUUUUUUAUCUACAGAUUAUUCUCAUUCAAAAGUAAACUGAAGAUCUCUUGCUUCUUUUUAAAUUUUUCAUUUAUGCUAUAAGUUUGCCUCUCUGGUGGGAUAGAAAUGUACUCAAUUAACAGUCCUCUAAUUAUAUAUUGUAAUUCCUACUUAUUUCCCCAGUGUUCUCUUUAAAUUUAUUUAUUGUUUGGUACUGGGGAUUGAACUCAGGAUCUUGUGCUUGCGAGGCAGGCACAGCACCACUUAGCUAAAUCCCUGGCUCUUAAAGUGGGUAAAUUUAAAUUGACUAGACUGUCAUAUUUUACUUAUGUGUAAAGUUACAAAAAAAUUCACUGGUUGAUUUCUAAACCAAGCUGAAGGUAAGAUGUAAGUAGGAUAAUACUUUGUUAACUCAAAACAAUUCAAGAUACAAAGGCUUAAAGUUGGAUUUGCACUAAUAUUUAUUAAUGUACAUAUUCUGCUUUUAAAUUAUAUUAAAAUUGAUAUCAUCUUCUCCAAUUAUAUUAAACCUGCUUACCAAAACCAAACCAAAACAAAAACAAGUAUUCUCGUACCAGGGAGUGAGGAAUUACUAAAACACAAAUUGAAUAACGUGUCAAAGUGACACAGAAGCCAUCAGAAAGUGAUUACAAUGGCCAAAUUGGAAAAAAUGUGAGCAAUAAAAUAAAUAACCUAGUAUUGGACUAUAACAUGAAACAUAAAAAACCUGAACCCGUAUUGAUGUAAAUGGCUGAAUAAAUUAAUAAAUGAGAUGGACAGACAAAACUCCCAUUCAGAACUCUAAAUAAUUUUUAUAGAUAUUCUCCCUUCAAGGAAGUGAAAAUUAACUCUCACUUUCUUAAGUAAGCUGCACAGGUUGAUCUCCUUCCAAAAAUUGCAAUAUGGGAAGCAAGAAAAAUAACUCUGUAGCAGAGGAAUCUGACAAACACUACCUCAUGUAGGUGAUUAAGAUUAACAUUAAUAGUGAUAAUCAUGUUAAAGGUAUGUACCUUUGAUAGGCUAUAAUGAGGUCAUUUUACCUUUGUGGUAUUCCUCUCCAAAACCAUAAGCCCAUCUUACCAGGAAGAAAAGAACUGGACAAUCUCAAGUUGAGGAGUACUUUACAAAAUACCUGAGUACCUCAAAACUGUUGAGGUCACCAAAAACAAGUCUUACA